CCGUUUCUUUUGCAUCGUUUGAGGACGACGAUACCAUGCCCGUCACUUGUGCGUCACUGGGAUGCAACAAUAAGUUUGUGAAGGGGUCGGACAUACGAUUUUAUCGGUUCCCCCUCAGCAAACCUUCACUUUCCGCCCGAUGGGUUCAGAGUCUGGGGUUGAGAAACUUCAUCCCAACUGCCAACACCUGCCUGUGUUCAGAGCAUUUUUCACCUGACUGCUUCAGGGACUACAAUGGGAAACAGUUUCUCAGGGAGGAUGCUGUGCCGUCCUUGUUCCCGCACGGGCAAGACUCUUCAAAGAUUGAACUACGAAAACGACAAACAAUGUUACUCCCUAAGGAAACCAGCGUCACAAACAACUUGGGACCACAGGCAGAGAGGGACAAAGCGAGAGAGAUGACCAAUCUACGCAGAGAAAAAAGAGGUGGCGCAAGAGGUGGAAGAGGUGGCCGCGGUGGAAAACUGUCUGACAGGCAGUUCCUUGGAGGCAAGAGCAGAGUCUACGAUAGCAAAGGUCGACUGUUGUCCAACGGCAAGGACUUGUGCGACUGUUUGGAUGUGGACUGCAUGGGUUGCUUCUAUCCCUGCUCCGACUGCAGCUCACGCAAGUGUGGAUUCGAGUGCCGCUGUGACAGGAAGUGGCUUUAUGAGCAGAUGGAGGUGGAGGGUGGAGAGAUCAUUCGCAACAAGUUUGCUUUUUAAUAAAGCGUGGUAAAUUGUGCUUACACUAAGUGGCCACAAUCUAAUGACAUUCAUUGGAGCAUUGUGAACAAUAUACACGUAUUAAAAGUCACCGUUUUCAAAGGCACCGUAAAAGAAGUAUACAUCGGAUAUCCUCAGUAUAUUGUUUGGGGCGUGGGGUGGUGUAGAACUGCAUUACAUUGCGCUAAGAAUGUUUUCCUUAUUUGGCUACAUUAAAGGAGCAGAGUAGUAGAGCUUUUGCUUUGGAUAUCAUUAGACUGUGCGAAGUCCACCUAAUGUUUCCUGUAAGUGAUGGACUCAUUCUGAAAAGCUACUUCAAAGGAUCCUUGGAACUAAAACUUGUUUUUUCCAAUAAUUCAGCUUCAGGUAUACCCGGUUAUUGGGAAGAUGAAGAACGCUGCUUUUUUUUUCUGUUUGAUACAAGUUGACUCCAUGAUGCAUUGCUGCUCAUGACAGUGUAAGCAGUAAAACGUGAGGAUUUUGAUUUAUUUGGGUACUUUUGAGCCUGUUUUGUAAACCCUCAUGAAAACUUUUAUUCUUGUGCCAAUUCAUGUUAAUAAACUUUAUUUCCACAUUUUGC